AUAUAUUGAGUUGAUCGCAAAUCAACCAACCAUUGCUAUUGCAAGUACAGUUACAAGGAGAAUAUUUGCAUUGCAUAAUAUCAAAAGUGCGGCUUAUAUUCUCAGUUGCAACCCAGUAUCGCAAUUUCAGUUGAAUUGUGGUUGGAGAAGGAGUUUGAGUUUAGCUAGAAUGGAAGAUACAAUCUAUCAGUUUAAGGAGAAGACGAUUGACGGCGAGGAGGUGACCUUGGAUAAAUAUAAAGGCAAUGUGUGUCUCAUUGUCAAUGUUUCAUCUAAAUGCGGUUUGACGCCAAUCAACUACACGCAGCUGAGUGCCAUUGACAAGCAGUACCGCGAGAAGGGUCUUCGCAUUCUCGGCUUCCCCUGCAACCAGUUCGCAGGCCAAGAGCCAGGCACCGAGGCAGAAAUCAAGGAGUUCGUCAAGCAGUACGACGUCAACUUUGACCUAUUCUCCAAGAUUGAUGUCAAUGGUUCAAAAGCGGAUCCUCUGUAUGUGUUUCUCAAAAAGAAACAAAGCGGGACUCUUCUCGAUGCGAUCAAGUGGAAUUUCAGCAAAUUCCUCGUGAACAAAGAAGGCGUACCUGUGAACAGAUAUGGUCCGAAGACGGCUCCAAACGACAUCCUACCCGACAUUGAAAAAUUGCUCUGAUAAAUAAGUUUGUAAAGAUAACUUUUUUCAGCCGGUUUGAAUAGAUAAAAUGUAAAUCUAGAGGCACAUUAUUUUCUUACUAGCUUGUGCUAUUCAAAAUUUUCUAAAUUGAUAGUCCCGUAUCGAAAUAUAUUCUUUUUCUGUGAUAA